AUGGGAAAGCUUAAUGAAAGAGCACAAAAUAAAACAAGAAUGAUGGAAUUUGUCUUCCUUGGCUUCCCUGGAUCUCACUAUGUACAAAUGGGCAUCUUCAUGAGCUUUCUUAUCAUGCACAUUAUGACUGUAAUUGGGAAUGUGACCAUCGUCAUUCUAGUGACAACUAACUCUCAUUUUCAUACUCCCAUGUACUUUUUCCUUUGCAACCUCUCUUUCCUGGAAAUAUGGUACACGAUGGCCAUCAUGCCUAAGACCCUUUCUGUCUUUCUCGGAGUCAGCAGAAGCAUCUCUUUCACUGGUUGCAUCCUGCAGAUGUUCUUCAAUUAUUCCUUUGGAUGCACAGAAUUCUUCCUGCUAUCCGUUAUGGCAUAUGACCGAUAUUUGGCCAUCUGUUACCCAUUGCACUAUAGCACCCUAAUGGAUAUCAGACUCAGUUGCAAGUUGGCUGCUGUUUCUUGGCUAUUUGGGUUCCUUGCUAUGAUGACACCAACGGUUCUGAUCUCUAAGUUGUCCUUUUGUGGGCCCAAUGAGAUUAACCAUUUCUACUGCCACAUUGAUUCCUGGAUUGUUCUCUCUUGUACCGACACCCAUGCUGUUGAAAUGGCAAUGUUCGUAAUAGCCAUUCUUGUCAUUUUGGGUUCCUGUUUGAUAACCUUUCUUUCUUACACAUACAUCAUAUCUACAAUACUGCACAUUGCUACUGCCAAAGGUCGUCUAAAAGCCUUUUCCACAUGCUCCUCCCAUCUGGCUGUUGUGAUUAUAUGGUAUGGCUCUACCAUGUUUCUUUACAUCAAACCUUCUAAACGGACAUCUGUAGAAAUGACCAAAAUUGUGAACAUCUUGAACACAAUUGUAACUCCUUUGUUGAAUCCUUUUAUCUACACACUUAGGAACAAAGAUGUGAAGGAGGCCUUUAGAUAUUUGUUACAUUGGAGACAAAGAAAAAUGUAUUAG